CAUCUGCCUGGUUCAGAGUGUAUUAGAAGGAGGGCAGUUGAAGGUGACUCUGUAUAGGCUACAUGAUUCUUUGACUGUUCAUAGUGAAUACGAUUACAUUGAUUUUUGAACUACCAGUGUUUCUACAUGUCCAGCACACAUAUCAAACAUUCAUUAAACACACAGCAAAAAGCCUGCCUGAGUGUGCAAAUGAUGCCAUAGUAAACUUGAUGUUUAUUGGAGGUGGAGGGGCAUGAAACAAUGUGUGUCUCAGGGCGGUCACUGUGUCUGAUGUGACUGUACUGAUCCAUAUAUAAGCAGUAACGAUCACUGGAGAUACAGUUUUGGAAUAUGGAGAGCAGCAGUGAAGAGAACAGUAGUGACGGAGAAGAGGAGAGCCAGAUCCGCAAUUUUCUGCUCAAUGAUUCAGAAGAUGAGGAGCUAAAAGAAAUUAUUCGUACAUUUCCUGGGGAAAGCAGCAGCAACAUAGCACAAGAGCCAAAGGAAAGUUUUAUUAUAGAGCAAUCAGGGCAACAGACAAGGGCCCAGGGAGAACAACAAGAACAGGAGGAACAGAUCCAAAGGGAACCACAAGACCAAAAGGAGGAGGACUACCACAAGAAAAACCAGCAAAAGCAGGAUAGGCUUUACAGAGAACAACCAGAGGAGGGGGAGGAGGAGGAGGAGAUAUUACAUGAAGAACAUCUAGAAGAGGAAGAGAGGCUCCGUCGCGAGCAUCAGGAAGAAAAGCUGCGCAGAGAGCAGUGUGAAGAGGAUGAAAAGCUCCGCAGGGAGCAGCAACGUGAAGAGGAGGAAAGGCUUUACAGACAACAUCAAGAAGAGACCCUGCGAAGAGAGCAACAGGAAGAAGAGAGGCAACGCAAGGAACUUCAACAAGAGUUUAGGCUUCGCAGGGAGGAGCAAGAGAGUUUUCGCAAAGAACAUCUGGGUGGUAAACUUUGGUGGGAGCAGGAAACUGAAAACCAAUACCUUGAUCUGCAGAAAUAUCACAGAGAUCAACACAACGAGAGACCAUUUUAUAAUGACACCAUGCAGCCUCAUGUAGAGCCUGAGCUUCUUUCUGUUAGACAUAUUAAAGAGGACAUUGAUGAGGGAAAGAACUCAAGCCAGACACUUCCUCUCCGGCCUUCAGGAUGGGGCUGUCCACCACUGGUUCCACCUCCAAGUCCUUCUAGACCUAAGAGCCCAUGGGGAAAGCUUGACCCUUAUGACUCCAGUGAGGAGGACAGAGAGUAUGUUGGAUUUGCCACUCUUCCCAACCAGGUGCAUAGAAAGUAUGUGAAGAAAGGCUUUGAAUUCACUCUCAUGGUUGCAGGUGAAACUGGUCUGGGAAAGUCAACUCUCAUAAACAGCCUUUUCCUGACUGAUCUCUAUCGGGGCCGUCUGCUAGUAAGCCCAGAAGAGCGAGUAACACAGACUGUGGAGAUUGUAAAGCAGACGGUGGACAUUCAGGAGAAGGGUGUUCGAUUACGGCUGACGGUUGUGGACACACCAGGUUUUGGAGAUGCUAUAAAUAAUGAAGAAUGCUGGAAGCCUGUUGCUGAUUAUAUUGACCAACAAUUUGAGCAAUACUUUAGAGAUGAGAGUGGACUAAAUCGCAAGAAUCUCCAGGAUACACGAGUACAUUGCUGUUUAUAUUUUCUAUCUCCACUUGGACACGGUUUGCGACCUCUAGAUGUAGAGUUUCUACGAGCACUACAGGACCGGGUGAAUAUUGUGCCAAUUUUGGGAAAGGCGGACACUCUGACACCUAAAGAACUUAUUCAGAAAAAACAAAGGAUACGGGAGGAGUUGGAUUAUUUUGGCAUUCAAAUCUAUCAGUUUCCUGAUUGUGACUCAGAUCAAGAUGAAGAUUUUAAGGUUCAGGAUAUGGAACUGAAGAAAAGCAUUCCAUUUGCUGUGAUUGGCUCUAACACCGUUGUUGAAGUUAAUGGGAAACGUGUGAGAGGGCGACUGUACCCAUGGGGUGUUGUAGAAGUUGAGAAUGAGAAGCACUGUGACUUUGUCAAGCUGCGGACCAUGCUGAUUCGAACGCACAUGCAGGAUCUGAAAGAUGUGACUAGAGAGACCCACUAUGAAAAUUACCGAGCUCAGUGUAUCCAAAGCCUGACGCAGAGGGUGGUCAGGGAAAGAAACCGCAAUAAACUGACAAGAGAGAGUGGUACAGACUUUCCAAUCCCCAGUGUGCCCCCAUCUCCGGACCAUGAGACACUGAAACUCAUCCGGGAAAAGGAUGAAGAGCUGCGGAGAAUGCAGGAAGUGCUGCAGAAGAUGCAGAGACAGAUGAAAGACUCUCAUUAAGCCAUUCCUGUGCCACUCUCUACUCAUAUUACCUCUGUUUUCCCACUGAUAUCUAUACUUUCUGGAAACAUCAAGCUUAUAGGAUCAAACAUACAGACCAGGUGCAUACAGAGGGAAAACCAAACAUGAAUACACCAAUAGAUUAGUCUAGUAAGCACACCUUUGGGACAUAGCGUAAAAAUUUGUUAAGACAGGGUUUAGAGGGAAAAAAAAUUAAAUCUAUUUUGAUCAAAAAUUAUUCUUGUACGAGUGUGUAGCAGUUUGCUUGAGAGUUAAAGGAUAUCUAAACCCCAGAACAAAGAUAACUGAUCUGAACUGAUGAUUACAUUUUGGCUGGUUUAUGAUCAAUUGCCAAAAUUCAAGCAGUGGGUGUCCCUGUUGGCACCCUACCAAUUGACAUCCAAUCCAAAAACUAAAGUAGCUGAGCACAUAAUUCUAGGCUGAACUGUGAAUCCAGCCAAUCAUUUACAGUCACUGUUAAGCAGCACCCACCAUAUUCUGACAGCCAGCAGCAUCAAAGCAGAUUUGCCAUUAUCACUGUAUGGUGUGGAUGAAGAAAUCUGUUGGAUUUUUUUCUUCAGCUUGUGAGCAUUGCCAUCCUAAGGUGCCUUUCACACGGGCAGACCAAUUAGGUCCACCUGAAAAUCUGACAACUGAUCGGACCCUCCAAUAUCCUCUAUGGAGCAGCAGAUAUAAACGGACAUCCAAUCCAAUCAUAUGGCAGUCGGGUGUAAACGGGCAAGCAGCCUGUUUACAUCUGACCCCUCAUAGAGGGGAGCGGGCUGUGUCUGUGUCUGCCCUGCAUAAACUGAGCAGACACAGAUCAGUCAUCUAUCUACUAAGCCAGGAUCA